CCGAUGGAAUAACUAACCGGUUAUAAAUCAAGCAAGUUGGUAGAAACGGCCGUCCUCGCGUUGGCCACGCUGACGACGCGACAAGAUGGCCGUGCGAAAUUGAAAUUCGAGCAAUUGCAGGCGCUUUUCUUUCGAAUUGUCCGACGUUACAGGCAUAUCGCAGGAAUUACGGGACCCGGAAUCAAGCGCUGACUGACCGAAUCCGCAGUGAUGUCCGAAAAUUUUUACGAGGAGACGAUUCGCCGGAUUAACCAGGCGCAGAUAGAGCUGAAAGUCCGUUUGGAGCAAGUGUCCAAGUUAAGAGUCGAUUGUGUGAUACUGCAGCUGGAAUUGCUGCAGCUUUACAAGCCGCAGUGCCUGGAGAUCUUAGAAAUGCUGCGAGACGUCUCGGCGUUGCCGCCGGAAAGACCCGGCGAUAAUGGUGAUAAUGGCGAUCAUGGCGAUAAUGGCGGCGUUGAAUCACGCAACAACGAGGGUAGCGAAGUCCUUCGGGCAGCGAAUGAAGACGUACCGAUGAAAUCUAUGACGUAACGCAACUGCGACUGACACAAGCGGAUUGAUGGGGACGGCUAAUUUGAUCUGAUAUUCGCAGAAAUUAUCCGAGCUUACGAUAAUUAGAAGUAAAAAAGCACAGAGAGGAAGAGGGAAGAUUCAAAGUGCACCGG